UAAUUUCUGUACUACUCAUAAAAAUAAUUUGAAGAUUUCAAAAUUGGUCAAUAAAUUGUUGUGUGAACAACAGCUACCAGUUUUUUUGGUUGCCAAAACUGUAAUGUUCUUGCGAGUCCGGCAACGCAGCUGGUUCUCAGGCAAGUAAAAACGGAUAGUCAGCUGUUCAGUCGUUGGCCACUCGAUGCCAGGCGUAGAUUAGUUUGUGUUGCGCACGAGGUCAAGACGAUCUAUUCUUGCUUGUUGUUGUUUUUGUUUAUUUUUUUUUCGAUUUGUUGUUUUUCGUUGUACCCGGACGUCGGAAAACGGCCGGUCCGCCACUGUUGCUUUCCGCGAAGUAUGGAAGGACUGCGCUUCGAGAUACAAACCAGGCUUGGAGAGAGGAUGGUCAGCAUGAAUUCAACCCUGGUGGAGACGGUGAGCAUCAAUUAUGAAGAUUUCAACGAGAGUUUCCUGACCUGCGGAACGUGCUUGUAUAGCGUUUGGAGUGGCAUGUACGAUGGGAGCGAGCACACGCCGAAGCUGCUCCAGUGCUCCCACACCGUGUGCCUGCACUGUCUGACCCGGAUAGCCGCCUCCCAGACCCGGGAUACGGGUUCGUUCCGUUGCCCAAUUUGCCGCGAACUGAUUACGAUACCCCGGGGCGGCGUAUCGGCUUUGCCGCCCUCCUUUCUGGUCAACCAGUUGCUUGAUCUGAUGUCCCGGCAACGGAGGGAGGUCAUUCCGAAAUGUUCCGUUCACAUUAAUCAGGAGCUGCUGUUUUGCGAGACAUGCGACACGGUUUUCUGCACCCUGUGCACCGGUGGUACGCACAAUGACACGGCCAACAGUUGCGAGCACACAAUCAUACCGUUUUCAAUCGCCAUUAAGAGGAUGUCCGAGAUUUUGUUGUACAAGGCCAAUGAGUGCAUUUCGAAGUUGACGCAGGCGCAGGAGGGGGUGAGUGGUGAACUCCAGAAGUUGGAUGCGGCAAAGGACUCGUGUUUGGAACAAAUCAACGCAACAUUCCAACAGUUACAGAACGAUCUCGACAAACGGAAGCAAGAAUUGAUUGACGAGGUUAAUAAAAUGUGCACCGACAAGAAGAAAGUACUCGAGGAACAGCAUUCACUUAUAGAAAAUGAAAAGAACAAAGUAGAACAAGAAUGCCAGGGAUUACAGUACCAAGUGGAGGUUCGGAAUAUCACCCAAAGGAUCGAGAUAUUGACUGAAAGAUUGGACGCAGCUUCCAGUUUGGGAGAACCGAGGGAGAACUCGUUCCUGACCUGCGAUUUCCGACAGAAAGACUGUAUAGAGCAAAUCGAGAGUCACUUACACAACCUAGGGCGGGUCAGGACCAGCACCACCUUCCCCAGUCUUUGCACCGCCGCACUAGAAGGGGAAGUCAUAUCAGGAAUUGAAAAUUAUAUCACGCUUAAGACUGUCGACUACCACGGAAAUCCCCAGAAGACCGGCGGCGAUCCUAUUCAGGCUGAGCUAUCGUUCGUCACCACAGAUCAAAACUCUACCAGUUUACCCGUCAGAAUCGUCGACUGUGAAGAUGGCACUUACAGGAUAUAUUUUCGUGCACCGAAGUCAGGACGCUACGGCGUCAACUUGUCUGUGAUUGACCGUCCCAUAAAAGAUAGCCCUCUAUACUUCGACGUGACGCAGCACAACAACCCCGUGAUGGUGUACGGAUCGCGGGGCAGCGGCAAGGACGAGUUCAUGCAACCCGUAGCCGUCGCCAUAGACGACUCCGAUAACUGCAUUUACGUCCUGGACACGGGCAACUCGAGGAUCAAGGUCCUCGACGAAAACAUGGAGUUCAUCAAACACAUUACCAAUGACGGGUUGCUCGAUAAGAGCUGUACGGGAAUUGCGAUUUCGAAUAAUGGUUUGGUGGUGGUGAACUGGAGGAGCAAGUACAUAACGGAGAUGACCACGGACGGCGAGACGCUCAAAUCGUUUACGUACAACGCUUUCCAGGAACCCAUCGACUUGGCUGUGGAUAAAAGUUACGGUCACGUUUUAGUGGCUGAUAACGGCAUGAGCUGUGUGUUUGUUUUCGACUCUGAAGGCAAAAUAUUGUUCAAGGUCGGAAAGAAGGGCACCUUUAAUAUUAUAUCAUCUGUGACUGUUGGACCUCUAGGGGAGAUUGUCGUGGCCGAUUCACGGAUACAAGUGUUCUCGGCCAAGGGAGACUUCAUGGAAGUACUGUAUGAUGAAGGAAAAGGAAAAGGAAGAUAUGGUGGAAUUGCUGUGGACUCCGACAAUAAAGUGGUGGCGAGCCGGACGCAACAAAAAGGCAAAGCUUAUGUACAACUUUUGUCUUUAACUGAUCACAACCUUAACAAUUGUAUAGAUUCGCAUGAAAACAAACUUAAGAGACCCAGCGGUAUAGCAGUUACAAGUGAUAAUUACGUUAUUGUAGUAGACUUAGGUAAUAAUUGCGUCAAAAAAUAUCGUUAUUGGUAAAUGUUCGAUUACUACUCGUUUUCAAGCACUAUUUCAAACUUGAUCUCUAUUAAAACAUAUAGGCAAUCCAACUUAAACCAUGUUACUUCACCGAGAAUUAUGUGUAUUGAGAUUAUAUAAAGCAUUAAUGUCUGUGUUUGAGCUCAAUCAAAUAUUUGAUCAUUUUUACUUGUUUGCGGAUUCAUCACCUCUUAUAUAGCCAUGUACGGUACAAUACACGUAGUAACAUUUGCCUUUUUACAUUUUAUCACCACCAUUCAAGCGAAUUGAUUAAUUAUGCGGCAUUUUGAGAUAUCGAUGACGGCGUUCUGCUUUUAAUUUAUUUUCGAAGUCGAUAUUUUUUAUCCUUUGCUUCUGCCAUACUCUCUUUAUUUAAGUACUUAAUUUUUAUGUAUAAAACGUUUUGUGGCAUAUUUUUUUUGUACAAAAUAUAUACUUUUUCUAGUCAUUAGUAUGUAUUUUUAUACGUGUACAAUUUUGUACAUAAUAUACUGAUAAUUCACA